UAAAAUGGCUGCGCUGUCGUCGCAAAUUCCUCUCUGCAGUGCGCGUGUGUGCGUGAGCGUGCUGGUAGGCUACACUGCAUGCCCUAUCGCUGGCUUGAACCUUUCCUCUGUCUCGUCUCUGCAAGAGGGCGUCUUUUACGGUGAACAACACAAAAAAGAAGCCGACCACCCGGGCCCUGUGACUCGGAAAACCCUUUUUACCGGGAACAGUGUUUUGGCCCAACAGUGCACAUCGCUAAAAGUCGCGUCCGGUCGAGCUACCGACGGCGUUCGGGCUGCUUUUCUUUUAAUUGCUUCCUUGCGUGGGAGUUUUCACUGCUAUCUUUCACCCCUCCACCAACACACGCGCAUUCGGUGUGCGACGACAGGGCGUCCCCCGGAGAGCGGUAUCCGGCAAUCCACCGGAUCUCGAUGCGUUUUGCCCGUCUUCGAUAGCUUCGCUCUGUUUUGGAAUAGUUAGCGAGCGUGUGUGGACAGCUUCCGGACAGCCUUUCAAUAACCUACCCGUUGGCGUCAACCGGGAGACGUUCAGCUAGCCGGGCGUGUAGUGGGGGAAAGGGCAACUGUGAGGACGGUGUUACGGUGCGGAGUGUUCAAUGCAGUGGUGUAAGUGCGCGUACGUUGGCUUUCCAAGUGAGCAAAAUAGGUGAAAUGAAGUGGGAAAUGAGCCAACGCGAUAGUAGAGAACAGUGAGCUGUGAAAAGAAGGAAGGGAGAACAGUAGAAGAAGCCUACACCUCACGAUCAAGCCUUCUUUUCCCCUAUCAAACAACCACAAGGGCUAACAGUGUACCCCAUUUGGAGAGAAAACGAAAAGCGAAACCAACUCCUCAAUCCACACACAGCCACACAGAGAGACAGGGCGCACGCUCGCGCGCGCGUUGGGCAGACACAGGCGUGCCGCAGGGGUCUAAAAUGUGUCGGCACAGGGGCGAGCGGGGAUAAGAUGUCUGCACCGAUCAAGCGUAAAAUAACACUAGAACUCGCGAGCAAGAAGACAACCCUCAUCAAGGAUCGCCCCAGCGUGUUCCAGCGGCUUGGCACGAAGCGGAUCGGCCGUGCAGGAGGAUCAUCCCAACAGCAGCUACAGCAGCAGCAACAGCAACAGCAGCAACAGCAACAACAAUAUCACGGACAGGAAGCCGGCGAAAGUAAAGAGGAGAUUGUGAAGCGCAUCGUAUCGGCAGCGGAAGAAUCCGGUCCGGCAACGAGCAGCAGCACCGCCACCGUACCGGAGAGUGUUGCCGCACACGCACGGCUCAUACAGGCGCAGCUGGCGGCCAAAGCGCAGGCAAAGGCAAGUGCGGCCCAAAAACAGCAGCAGCAGCAGGAGCAGGAGCAGGAGCAGCAAAAGCAGCAGCAACAACAACAGCAGGAACAGCAGCAACAACAGCAAAAGCAGCAGCAGCAGCAGCAGCAGCCCGGAGGCAUUCCAUCGCACAGCGAACACUUAUCGGCCGCCACGACGAAAGGUACCGCCGGCGUGGUGGAUAAGGACGGCCCAGAAGCGGGCAACUUGAAGCAGUACUAUCAUCCGCACCAGCAACAACACAUUCACGAAUCGACGCACCAACAUCAUCACCACCAUCACCAACACCACCACCACCACCACCAUCAGCAGCAGCAGCAGCAGCAGGAGCAGCAGCAGCGGCACCGGCAACGGCAGGCACGGUCACCACCGCACAGUGUCAGCAGCGAGCGGAGCAGCAACGCGGCCGGUGCCAGCGGUUGGGACCAGUCGUCCCUCGAGAAUGCUGACCAGGCCAUCCUAGAGCGGAAGCGUAAGGAACUGCAGCACGAGUUGAAGCUAGAGAUGGACGCGUCGAGCUCGGGCAAGAAGAAGGACAGCCGCGGCGAGCUGAGCAAGAAGAUGAAGAAGCUGACCGGCAGCUCGCACCGGUCGCAGCAGCAGCACCUGCACCACCAGCUGUCUCUGCAGCAUGGUGGCGGCCACCAGCAGCUGGGCGUGCGGGGGCAGCAGCACACCUCCACCAGCACGUCGGAGAGCACGAACAGCAGCAGCGGCACGGACACCUCCGAGUCGGACACGUCCAGCACGUCCAGCUCGUCCUCGCACAACUCGAACCACCGGCGGCUGAAGAAGCGCCACGCGGUGUCGGCCCGCGUUCGCACCCGGAACGACACCAGCUCCAGCUCGGAGGGGGGCGGCCCGUCUGCGUCCCUCGCCGCCUCCAGCAAGCUGUCCAAGCGGCACGCCAAAAAGCUGGCGGCGGCAGCGGCCGCCCACGAGCAGGAGCGCAACAAGCGGCUGCUGGCCAAGGCGGGCAAGAGCGGCUCCGGCGGUGGCGGCUCGGUGCUGCUCACCAAGACGAUCCGCGUGAAGAAGCUGCUGCCGGGCAGCCCGGGCGGUGGCGGCACACAUCACGUGUCGCGCAAGGUGUCGUCCCGCGAUCUGUCGCCGGCGAGCGCGAAAGCGUCCGCAAGCAAGUACGCACUGAAAGCGUCCUCGUCCUCCUCGUCGAAGAAGGAGAAAAUGUCGGCGAUCGAUGCGCGCGAGCGGGUGCGCGAGAAGGAGCGCGAGCUGGCCCUGCGCGAGAAGGAGCGCGAGCGGGAGAAGGAAAAAAUGCGCCUGCGGGAGCGCGAGCGGGAACGUGAACGGGAGCGGGAACGGGAGCGGCUCAAGAUGCGGCCAGUUUCGCCGCGAAUGCGCUCCGGCGGCGUGUCGCCCGCUUCGUCCCGUGGUGGUGGAACCGGCGGUGGCAGCGUCAGCGGUGGGCUGCCGAUGCGCGAGCUGCAGAGCAAGGGCAAGAAGAGUCCCGAGCGGCGGCUCUCGUCGCCGAUGGGUGGGAUGGCGGCCGCCCGCUAUCGGGACAUGAUGCCGAUGCGGCGCGAGCGCACGCCCGAGCUGACGCGGGGCGACGAGCGCCGCCGGCACGAGGUGCUGAAGGAACGGGAACGGCGCGAGCGGGCCGACCGUGAGCGAGCCGAACGCGAGCGGGAGCUGGUGCUGCGGGAGAAGGAGCGCGAGGAGGCACUGGCUAGGGAUCGGCAGCGGGAGCGCGAUCGGUUAGUGGCGGUCGGCAAAGAGCAGCACCAGCUGCAGCAGCAGCAGCAUCAGCAGCAACAGCAGCAACAGCAGCAGCACCUGCAGGCACAGGCACGCGGCCUGCGGCGGGACAAUGACGGUGGGCUGGAGAAGCCCGAUCGGCACCGGCCGGUGGAGCGUCUGCUGCCACGGCCGGCGGAACGCGCCCGUGCACUGGCUGCGGCUCGGUCGCCCGGCAAGUCGGUCGAUCGCGACCGAAGCCGCUCGCCGUGCUCGCCGGGCACGUCGGCUAGGGGCUCGCGGGGUGCGAUGCGCGAGCGAGAUCGGUCGUACGAGCGGGCGGCCUACCUGCACGAGCUGCACGAGCGGCGCACCACCAGCAGGUCGAGAGAGCGGGAGUAUGGGGCGAGUCUGGUAUCGCCGCCAUUGCGCUCGGCACGUCGGGACUCGCCGCCCCCGCACUACGAACGGCACGGCGGGCUGGGCCGUAGCGAGUCCUCAGGUGGAGGGGUUGGCGGCGGUCGCGAGUACCGCGUCGACCGGGGCGAGCUGGCCUACGACGAGCGGCUGGCGAUGGGUGGCAGUGGCAGUGGACGAGGCGGUGACCGUGGUCCAGCGCGCGACGAGUACGUGCGCGACUAUCCGGACGAUCCGCCGCCGAGAAGGGAGGCACCGCCGUCACACCACGACCGGGGCGGCUGGGAGUGCGAACGGGUCGAGCGGAGCAGCCGCUACGAGCAGCAGGGUGGUGGCGAUCGGCGGGGCGAAUGGAGCGACCGAGGCGAUCAGCACGGCUCGAUGGUGGAUCUGGACGGACCGUACCAGAGUGGCAGAGGCGAAGGCGGUGGCGGCGGCGGUGGUGGUGGAGGUGGUGGUGGCAGCGGCGGCGGUGGAGGAGGUGGAGGCGAGCCGCGUGGGUCUCGGGCGUGGGACGAGCGGCCUUCGUGGAAGGACGGUCCGGGCGACUCGUGGCAUGGGUCGGACAAACCGGAGCGGGGCAUGCUGCACGGCGACUGGAAGUACAAGGAGCGCCAGUGGGAGCACGAGCAUGGCGACCGCGGUGGCAAUGGGCCGCCCGGUCCACCCCCGUCCCACGGUGGCGGCGGACCAGGCGGUCCAUCGGCGCGCCGCUCCUGGCAGGCGCCACCGAACGGUAGCGGUGGCCCGUCCGGUGGGGCACCGCCGGGCGAUUGGCACGGGCCAAAGGCGGGGCCGGAGCACGAGCGCGAUUUUCUGCACCAUCAACGGCCCGGACCUCCGAACGAGCGCGGCAUGUUCCGGCGCCACCAUCAUCAGGGCCCGUACCAUGGCCAUCCGCGCAAGCCGCACAUCGGCGUCGGGGGCGCCGGAGCUAUCGGCGGUGGCGGGGUGGGCGGUAAUAUGGGGCCGGGCGGUGGUCCCGCUCUGAAUCGCUUCACGCCGAACAAGUACAGCCUGAACCGGACGCAGGCGAACUUGCAAGCCGAACGACAGGCCGCCGGGCAUGGCAUGGGGCCGAACCAAUCGCCGGCUAGCCAGCAGCACGCCCAUGCCCACCGGCAGACGCCACCCGUCGGUGGUGGUCCAUCGAUGCAGGCGGCAUCGCAUCAUGGUGGAGGAGCACCGCCACCCGGUACGAACCAGGCACAGCACCAGCAUCAGCAGCAGCACCACGGUAUGCAUCCGAUGCAGAAUCAGCGACCGGGCGGCGGUUCCCACGAACCACACAUGCACGGCGAACAACAGCAGCAGCAUCAGCUGCAGCAUCAGCAGCAGCAUCAUCAGCAACACCAGCAGCAACACCAGCAGCAGCAGCAGCAGCAACAAACGCAGCAUCAUCAUCCGCAUAACCAUCCCCAUCAUCAGCAGCAGCAUCCGGCAGGCGGCGUGAUGCAACAUCCACCCCAGCAACCCCACCGAAUCGCUCCUGCAAACUACGAGCAGGAUCCAGCGAAACAGCAGCAACAACAACUACAGCCACAACAUCAGCAGCAGCAACAGCAACAACAACAACAACCUCCUCCAGCACAGCCAGCUGCACCAGUCGUUCCACGGCGCGCCGUACUGGACGAACCAGCCAGUCCUGCUCCGGAAGAUGCGGGACCGAGGGUGGUACCGCUUGCCGCUGCCAACGAACCAUCCGCACCGGCCGAUGCUGGUGCCACCGGUGCAACCGUCCCGGCCGCAGUAGCUCCGGCGGUAGCGGUGGGUAGCAGUGUAGCGCCGGCGGCAGGUGCGACGCCCGCGUCACCUGCAGCGGAGGAAACCGGCGGUGCGGUGAUCGAUACGGCGACGUCCGAAGCGCUCGACACGAUGGAGGUGGACAACUUGAGCGAAAUCAGUGACGACCCCGAUGAUAUUCUGACACGUGACGAGGACAUCAGUGCCAACCAGCUGUGCGAUUCGAUAUCGACCGACCGUAGCGGCAGCAGCCAGCAGGUUGACCUGAUUAGCCAGGAAGGGGAAGGGGAGUUGGGAGUAGCAGGCAAGGCGAGCGUGCUGCAAACGCCGAUAGCGGCCAUCGCCGGCCCCAGCGCCAUGCCCAGGGAAGGGGACGCGGCACCAGGCACGGUCGCAAACGGCGGACCGCUGCCGGCAGCAGUGGCGCUGGGCGACCCGGGCGUACUGCCCGAGCUGGCACCAUGCAGUGAGCUGGCCGGCCCGACGCCCGAGCAAAGCAAGGACGCUGGCAAGCUGCACGCGAACAAGGAGCUGAAGGAGGAGAUGGAUCUCGACUUCGAGGAGAUCUCGGACGGCGAGCUGGAGGCGGAGGAGAGUGGCCGCUGUCGCGGGCUGGGCGAUCCGCUCGGCGUGGACUGGGGCAGCCUGGCGCAGGAGGCGUUGCGCCCGCUCAAGCCAGUCGCGCAGCGGGAGCAGCAGUUCCCCGUUUCGGCACGGAAUCGCUGGAAGGCGCACCACAUCCUGCUCGACAUCGGCAUCUCGGCCCGGCUGGCGGGGCAAAACUACGCCCAGCGCGUGCUGACCGAAUCGAAGGAGAAGCUGCGCGAGGAGCUGGAAGAGUUCCGGGCGGCGAUCGUGGCUGGCAGGGCUGGAGUAGUCUCGUGCGCCACAGUCUCCACCCCGCAGGAGGAGAAGAAGCAGCUGGUGGCGAAGCAGGAAACGCAGGAGAUGGUGCCGGAAGGGGACCAGCAAGGGCAAGAGCAGGACCAGGUGGCCGAGCGGAAGCACGAGCCCAAGGAGCAGGAUGUAAAGGGGACGGACGAGAGCGCCGCGAUCAAGCUGGAAACCGGUGCGGAUGAGCGGACGGCUAGCAGCAGCCCGGUGGGCGUGAAAAAGCCGUCGCCAGCAGCGGCCGCCGAGCCGGCCGCAAGCGUGAGCAGCGUCGAGCGCGAGCUGGAGGAUGUGGACCGCAUCCUGCACCCGAUCGCGGCCAUCCACGUGGCACUGCGCGAGCAGGCCCGGCUGCGCCGCAAUCUCAUACUCGCGACCGAACCGGUCCCGGGACAGCGGCACCAGUGCGGCCGGGCGCUCAGCGCACGCAAGGACCUGCAGAUUCGACGCCAGCUGUGCGGGUUCCCGCCCGCCACCCUCGCGACGAUGGCGGCCUGCGCAGCGGGAGCCGCCGCCGGCUACCUCAACCAGGAGCUGCACGCGGACGCACCGCUCGGUGGGGGCGGCGGCACUGCGUCGCCCGCCCUGCACGAGCAGAUCGUGCAGAUGUACCGGCAGAUGGUGGCGCAGCAGCGGCAGCAGGCGAGCCAGGGCAUCUGCACCACGCUCGAGGCGGUCUGAGAGUAUCUGGUGCGACCGAUCGGUUCGGUCGCCGGGCAAGGCGAAGCGCGAGCGGAAGGUGAAGGACGGCAGCAGCAGCGGGUGGCCGCGUACUGGCGGCGUCAUCGCAACCACGGUCCACGGUUGAUGAGCGUGGCCGAUGUGACGGCUCUGUUGCGCAAUGCGGGUCGCCCAUAACGAGCCUCGAUAACGUGCAGCAUUCGCGAAUCGAAGCAGGAAAAUGUGUGUAAAAUUUAUGUUUUUUUUUUCGAUUUUGAUACAUACUAUGAUUUGAUGGUAUUUGCGUAUAUAUGGAGCCCUAGCUUAGAAUUAGUCCUGCACUUUGUGUAUUUGUUUGUUUGUCUGUUUACGUGUGGAAUCGCUCAUGCUGCCGUACAAACUCAUGCUGCCGUACUGUGAGCGUACACUCUUUUUUUGUUCGCGAAUUUAUUACAGCUUCGUCAACGAAAACAAAACAAAAAAUACAACAAACAAACAAGUUAGGAAAUCCCUCAAACAUUUUUACGGUAAACCAUGUAGCGUUAAAAAAAAUAUACUAAAUUCAAUGUAUCUUGCAAGAUAGGAGAUAUGUAAAAGUCAGUGAGCACCCGCCUGUGUGUGGGUGCUGUGUGUAGCAGAAUGUACGAUUAUAGUGCGUUUGUUUGCGAACGAAACCCAGCACCGUUUAGCUCUUAACGACAAUAAAACUUCUCGAAAAAAGAGAAACAAAGAGA